GCCUCCAGCACUCAUGCUCGCACUGCGUCGCUUGGUGAUAGCCUUUGCAAGCGUGCGCCGUCAUUUCGUAGUCUCUCUGGCACCACAACGCGCUUCGCUAACGCUGUGGCUGCUGCGUGACGCUGAAGGCAAGCUCUCUGCACUGCCUCACACACUGCACUGCUUCAACACACCUAGCGCUGCGAGAUCGCAUAGAUAACAAGUACAAUGCCGCAUCGAUGCAUCGCAGUCGCGCUGCACGCCGUCGCCGCGUCGGCAUUGGUCGCGCGGCCGAAGCUCAUCGUCUUCGACCUCGACGCGACGCUCUGGACGCCUGAGUUGUAUAAAUUAAGACGGCUGCCCAACUAUGCAUCGGCCGGUCCGCCCGGGCCCAUGGCUGAUCAAGACGUGAAGCUGUACGCCGGGGCGCGCGCCGCGCUCGAGGAGCUGGCCACGGACGAGGCGUGGAAAGACACGGCGCUUGCCUGCGCCUCGCGGACCAAUAAAGGACCGUGGGCGCGCCAGCUGCUCCGGGACUUCACCGUGGCUGGCCGAUCGUUAGAUGACUUGCUAGAGUACAAGGAGAUCUUCACGGGCGACAAAAUUGCACAUUUCAACAACCUCGAGCAGAAGUCGGAGAUUGAUUUUGGCGACAUGCUCUUCUUUGAUGAUGCGCGCGAUGGGAAGUACGGGAAUUGUGCAAAAGUGGCCCAGAUGGGCGUGUGCAGCGCCCACUGCCCGGAUGGCAUUACGACCGAGGUGUGGACGAACGCCCUCGCCGAGUUCUCGCGGCUGAAGGAGGCCGGGGAGGGCAUGGGAACCGUAGUGGACGCCCCGGGACGCGUGCCGGAGGCACUGCCCGAGGGACUUGUUGCGGCGUCGAUCAAGAUGUUCAGGGACGAGAAGAACUUUGGCUUCGUGCGCGUCGAUGGCGUGAAGGGCGACGUGUUCUUCCACGGCUCUAGUGUAGCAUCGAACGUGGCAUUGGCGCCGGGAAUGAAGGUAAAAGUCAGGAUCGGCGUGGACAGCCGUGGGCGCCGCCAGUGCGACGCCGUCGAAGCCGUCGACGGGGCCGGCGACACGCUCGACGAGGUCGAAAGGCCUAUCUUCUCGAUGAAUAUGCCCUUCGCUGGACUCGUGGCCCAUGGCGUGAAAACUCUCGAGACGCGGAACCAUACUAUGUUUGUUCCUUAUGAGGGUCAAGAGGUGUUGUUACACGUCGGGCGACGAACGUAUCCAGACGGAGGCGUGCAUCGAGAGAUCCUCGGACGUAGCCUUGAUGAGGCGGAAAUUGACCGCGUGACGUCAUUACCCUCAGGAUUCUCGCGCGGCCAGGCUGUAGCCGUCGUCCGCGUCGGGAAGACGGAAUUGAUUGCGGACGAGAGCGAUCGCUGCGCGCCCGAGGUCGAAGCCGGGGCGUGCGCGACGGGACAGGCGAUGGGCCGAUACGUCACGACGAUCACCGACGCGCGAUGGCUGGGCCGGGGCGUGCCAAUGCGUGGGCAGCCCGGGGUGUUCGCGGCGCGGGUGCCGAGGAGUGUUCUGUGAGACUAAACAGUAAGUUAUUU